AAACAAUCCAUCAUCUUCUACUAGGGCGACAAACUGCAAAAUUGACCGCUAAAGUGGAAGCAUGGCUACUCUUUCUUCCUCUACUAUAUCCUCUAUUCAUCUUGCCCUGAAAAAGCCGUCUUUCACUUCUCUCCCUCCAAAUCCUUCAUUUCUUUCUUUCACUCUUUCAGCACCCAAUUUCUCAUCCAUUUCAACCCUUAAUUCCGAUCGGAAGCAAGUUUCUAUGCUUCAAUCUUCUGCAACUGGUACCCCUGCCACUGCAGAACCCGUUGCUCCGCAAACCCUGAAAUCCCGCCUCAGGAAUGGCGAGACGCUCUACGGGAUUUUUCUCCUCAGCUUCUCCCCCACUCUCGCUGAGAUUUCCGGUCUCGCCGGUUACGACUUCGCCGUCGUAGACAUGGAGCACGGCCACGGCGGGAUAUCCGACGCCCUCCCUUGCCUCCGCGCCCUCGCCGCCACUCGCACUCCGGCUAUCCUCCGCGUCCCCGAAUCAUCCGACGUCUGGGCGAAGAAGGCCCUCGAUCUCGGCCCGCAGGGGAUCAUGUUUCCGAUGAUCGACAGCGCCAAAUCGGCCCGGAAGGCUGUGUCCUACUGCCGAUUCCCCCCCAACGGAAUCCGCGGGUCGGCGCAUACGGUGGUUAGGGCUUCGGGCUACGGAAUCAAUGAAGAGUAUCUGAGAAAUUACGAGGAGCUGCUGAUAAUGUGCCAGGUGGAGUGCGAGAGCGGGGUGAAGAAGAUCGGGGAGAUCGCCGCCGUGGAGGGCGUGGAUUGCAUCCAGAUGGGGCCGUUAGAUCUGAGCGCCUCAUUGGGGUACCUGUCGGACCCGGGUCACGAGAAGGUGAGGGAAGUGUUGAGGAAGGCGGAGAAGGCGGUGCUGGAGACGAAUCCCGGCGGAGGAAAUGGGGCCUACUUGGCGGGGUUUGCGAUGCCGCAUGAUAAGCCGGAGAAGAUGAAGGAAAGAGGGUACCACAUGGUGUCUGGAACUGUUGAUAUCGGUUUGUUUCGGGCUGCAGCUGUGGAAGAUGUAAAGAAAUUCAAGAACAGUUUAAUGGCUGAAUCAAAUUCUGUGUAACGUUAAAACUGAGGAAAAGAAGGAAUAAAGGUUGUGUUCUUGUUGGACUUUGAAAGUGUAAUGCAGUUUCCAUAUCUAAUUUCAGAAUUAACUUUGUUCACUAAGCAGAUUAUAGUGUUCAUGAGGUUUUAAACUUUCAGAGAGAUCGUCUCAUCAUUUAUAGGUAUGAAGAAGAAAGUAUUGGUAAAAUUGGCUGUUCUUCGAAAACUAGUCGGAGCAGCGACCCGACUAAAUUAAAUACUCUUCUUCUUUUGGAUAUUCUCGCUCAAUUUCUAACUCGUUUAGUAACUCUGUUUUUGGGCUUGGAAGCUUCAAUUCACCUUUUAAUCAAACACAGUGACUUUUGAUUUCGUGCGCCGAAUUAUGUAAUAAUAAAAAAAAGUAAAGUUGAAGUUACUUUUCUGGCUGUCUUGCCUGAAG